AAUUAUUUGUUUUUAAAAGAAAUAAAAUAAAAAUACGGAGAUCUUGAGAUAUUUUGUUUCAUUAUCAUUUGUCAGUGAAUUAAAUAGAAGUGAAAAAACUGAAACAAACUGGAAUCAAAGUAGAUGGAAGUGGAAAAAAAUAUCGCAAAUUAAAUUGGCGGUGUAAUAAAAUUAAGUCUCAAUUGAAAUUGAACAGUAAAAUAAAUAAUGUCUGUGUCUGAUUCUGAUUUCGAUUUCGAUUCUCCAUUUUUGUAUUCCAGUUUAUCAGCUAAAAGUACAUGAUUUCGUUUGUGCCUUCAGUCUUCAUUCCCCAUUUUUGGACGUUUUAGAUAAGAAAAUAUAAUAUAAUACAUUAAUUGUUCUCAACCUAACGCGCGUGAGUUGGUCGCAGAAAAAAAAAUCAUUUAUUGUUCAGUUUUUCGUUUCUGGAAUAACAAAAAUUCCUUCAGACCUUGAGAAAGUUAAAGAAAACUCAAAUAAAGGAACGCAACAGCUGAGUUAUUUAUGUUUUCUCGGUUUGCCAAAUAUGUUUUUAUUGUUAUUAAAUUGUUAAUAUUUUUAUAUCGAAAUCAAUCGGCAUCGUUGAGUGUACCUACUUAAUUUUUUGUUUUCAUUUACAUACCUACCUAUUUCUAGAAAAAAUUAAAUGUUUGUGCAACAUCAUCAAAAAUAUUAUUUUGAUGGCAUUUAAAUUCAAAACGAGAAGAUAUAACAAAAAUAUACGGGUUCAAGACCGAGUUUCCAAAUAUUUUACACGGUUCAUGGUGCAAUCACUGUUAAGUUUUUGUUCGGUUAAAUAAAUUGUUCACGUUCUAUAAACCCGUGAAUUUUUCACCAAAAAAAUCAGUUUUUGUCAGAUGGUUACCGAAGGAAAUAUUUUCAUUUAGUUGCAAAAACUGACAUAUUUUAAGCAGAACAUUUUCUCAUCAAAAAUACCAUCGCUACUUACUUUAAUUUAGAAACAGUUAUAUUACUUCCAACUGUUGCACAGGCAUCAACUUUUGUCAUCAAUGUCGUUCAAAUGAAUAUAUUUCCGUGUUUUUUGAAAGUUAUACAACUUCAAACUAAAUUGUGUUACCAAAUGUGAUUAUAUUCAAGUACAAAAUAGAAUAAGAUAUAGAAAAAUUCCAAGUAUUAAACUUUUUUUAAAAGAAAUUCAUUAAAACCAAAUUUAAGUGCAUACCUGUAAAAAGCAAACAACUGCCCUUAAAUGGAAACAAAUUCUGAAGUAAUCGACUCCCUUAACCAUGGCAAACUUUGUCCAUCAUCGACAACUGCGGAAUCAAAUGAAAAUAAUGAAAGCCCACAAAAACAACGCAAAGCUCCGUUGGCUAUUGCUGAGGACAUCUUCGAAAAUAACUUUGAAGGUAAUUUAGAUCAAGAUGGUUACGAAUCAGACUCGGAAAGCGGUAGUGAAGAACCCUCGACAAGCGAAGUACCUGGUCCUCGUGCCGUCUGCUUUCCCCAUUACAGUCGUAAUUCAAUCGAAUACGUGAGUAGUAGUGAUAGCGACGAUGAGGAGGAAAUUAUUUCAGCAAUCAACUUGUCGCCGAAUUUAAUAACCAAGGAGUCUAUGAAUAAUAAUGAUUUCCCAGCAACGCGACCUUUUCUCUUGCCUUUUACCGAAAGACGUCGACUUUCUCAAUGUAAGGAAGAAGAUGAGGAGGACGGUGAUAAAUUUACUCACAACGGAGACUUAAAAAUAGAGAAGCCUCUUUUGCCAACGCCACCUCCUCCACCGCCAUUGCCGCACAGAGAUAGUGGGGAUGUUGAAAAGUUCCGUGAAUUAGAACGUCUUCGCCAACAGUUUAUGCAAAAAAUAGACAUAAUUAAUACCAGCAACAUUCAAGCUAUUAUUGAUGUUAUGGACAGACGGUCCCCUACUCCACCACCACCACCUCCUCCAGUUCCGGCAAUCUUACCGCCCGAAGUAAUGGCACAGUUUAUGUCACCUAAAGAAGAACCCCAAAAUGUUAUUGAUGAUAGGAUUUUCGAUUUGAGAAUAAAUGAAGAAGAAGCUCCCCCCAAAUCUCCAAGCCCCGAAAAGACUAUUUACCGGGGUAAAUUCACAGUAACCAAAGCCCUUGAAAGCCAAGAUAUUCUAAGGCUUAAACCAGAAGCUGAAAAGUUAAAGUCCAUGGAUUCAAAGUCAAAUGCGCACACAAUUAGUUUCCCAUGUACAUCGGGUGGUUAUUCCUCGGUACAAACAUUAUUUUCCCAGAGAAGUUCCGGUAGGUUUCCUCAUAUGGAUAAAAAGUUUUUCGACAAAUCACUGGUUGAAAUACGUUCGCCAGUGAUAAGUAGUAGUUCGCUCGAAAACUGUGAUAAUAAUUCUUUGAAAUCGCCUGGAGGUUUCAUAAAUCAUCUUGAUGAUGUUUGGAUUAAAAGACCGGCUUCAAAUCAUUCGAUUAAAGAUGAAACAACGGAAGCCCCAUCAGAAGAGGAUGAUCAUGAUGGAAAAACUCCUAGUGGAUCUCGGCCAGCGAGUGCUCCAGCGGAACCAAAUUCCAAAGAAGCCCGCAGAGCUGCGAAAAAACUUGAAAAAGAAGCCAGACGCCAAGAGAAAGAACUUAGACGGAACGAAAAAGAAGUCCGUAAAAUUGAACGUGAAACCGCACGUCGUUUGGAACGGGAAGCUGCAAAACUUGAGAAAUUCAAUCGCAAUCAGGAGAAAAUGUCACGCAGUACCGAACGCGUAGCACCUCGGUCAGGAUCUUUAGAGCGGAGGCGAAGUGGUGAAGAUUCGCCAGUUUUAAAUCAGUCGACAGUGCAUGGAAUUGCAAGUCCUAAUCGUCGGCCAACAAUAUUCGACGUAUUUCGACCAAGAGGCAGAUCAGAAUCGAAAAAAGUCAAAGAUUUGACUCUAACUGCUCCAUCAUCUGCGACCGGAAGUAAAACAGUUAGUGGUUCGGAACGUGACAACAGUAGUACUGGAAGUAAUCAUAGUGGUUCUGGAGCCGGUGGUGGUAUAAUGGCAACGAUGAAGACCGCAAUGCAAAACACUGGGUUGAUCGGACACAGACAUCCACCUCCAACACCAAAGCUGAAGGAUGGUUCAGCUCAUCCACAUCAAGGCAGUGAUGCGCAGUACUACCACACAGUGACCGCAGUACGAAGAGUGGACGUUACACGUUCACCAAUGACCAAAGUGAUGGAUUUAUUCAGACAUCGAUCAAAUUCAGCGGUAUCGGAAGCUGAUAAACGUAAAGCGCGAGCUGCGGCGCAUCAACAACAACUAGCAGUUCAAAGUGCUCAUAUGCGACGUGCCUCUGCUGAUUUAGAAAAGAGACGUGCAUCACUUGGGGCUAGCCGCGGGUUAAGAGGCGAUGGUACUUUGGAUCCAUAUCAUGCGGCCAUUUUGUUUAGAGAUUCAAGGGGUUUGCCUGUUGCUGAUCCCUUUCUAGAAAAGGUUAAUUUAUCAGAUUUAGAAGAAGACGAAUCACAAAUCUUUGUCAAAUUCUUCCGUUUUCAUAAGUGCUAUGAUUUGAUACCAACUUCAGCUAAACUAGUUGUUUUCGAUACUCAAUUGUUGGUAAAAAAAGCAUUCUAUGCACUCGUCUACAACGGUGUAAGAGCAGCUCCAUUAUGGGAUUCACAAAAACAACAGUUUGUCGGGAUGUUGACUAUAACAGAUUUUAUCAAAAUUCUGCAAAUGUAUUAUACGUCACCUAAUUCAUCGAUGGAUCAAUUGGAAGAACAUAAGUUAGAUACAUGGCGAAGUGUUCUAUUAAACCAAGUAAUGCCUUUAGUUAGUAUCGGACCUGAUGCAUCGCUAUAUGAUGCUAUAAAAAUUUUAAUACACAAUAGAAUUCAUCGACUUCCAGUUAUUGACCCAAUGACAGGAAAUGUAUUGUACAUAUUGACACAUAAAAGAAUCCUGAGGUUCCUGUUUUUAUAUAUAAAUGAAUUACCAAAGCCAUCGUACAUGCAAAAGAAGUUGAGUGAUUUGAAAAUCGGAACUUAUGAUAAUAUUGAGACUGCUGAUGAAAAUACAAGUAUAAUUAUGGCCCUAAAAAAAUUUGUGGAAAGGAGGGUAUCAGCGUUGCCGUUAGUAGAUGCUGAAGGACGAUUAGUUGACAUUUAUGCAAAAUUCGAUGUGAUUAAUCUAGCAGCUGAAAAAACCUACAAUGACUUGGAUGUAUCCUUGCGAAAGGCAAACGAGCACCGCAACGAAUGGUUUGAAGGCGUUCAAAAAUGCAACCUUGACGAAACCCUCUAUACAGUAAUGGAACGUAUUGUUCGGGCGGAAGUUCACCGAUUGGUUGUCACCGAUGAUAGCCAGAAGGUCAUAGGAAUUAUUUCCUUAUCAGAUAUUUUACUAUAUUUAGUGUUAAGACCAAGUGGGGAAGGUGUUGGUGGGUUAGAGCAGUCUUUGCGAGCAUCAGACUCAGUCUAUCUAGCAAAAUCACAAGAAGGGGGAGAUGUUACUAAGUCAAAUUCUGGCUCGGGUAGCCGUUCUCUGAUCGAAGACAUUGUAGAAGAGGAAGUACUAGAUAGCAAUCAACCCUUAGAAUAUGUGAAUAAUAACAACCAGGAAGGUGAAAAGAUCACUGACGGCGAAGAAAGUAUUGUUGAUGGAAUCAAAGAAGAAGUAGAAUUAUCUUCUGUUAGUUCCAUAAACAACCAAAACAAUUCAAAUGAAUAUCUUACCAAACAGGAACUGGACAGUGAAGUGAUUAUUAAAGAAGAAGCAAGGGCAUCAUCUUCCGAAUCGAUAUCAGGAGAUGGGGAUUCGCCAAAUUUCAAUCAACCAACGCUUAAUAAUGCUGUACCUACGACGAGAGAAGUAGCAAUUGUAAGCGAUUAAAGGAAAGUUUUAUUUUGUAAUAUGUAUAUUUCAAAGGUAUUCAAGAAGUUUUUUCUUUAUUAAAGAAGUAAAAAAUUGUUAAAUCCGUAUAAUAAAAUGUAAAAAAAAAAUAUAGUUUCAAUAUAAAGUAA